AUGCCGACAGAACUUGAGGAGCUCGUCGGGUUCAUCGCCCAUCCGAACCCUCAAAUUCGCAAAGUAGCAACUGAGAACUUGGUGCCAUACUCGACUGAACAACCGUCAAUUUUCAAGACAGAGGAGCUGCUCCCUGUGAAGCAUCUCAAAUUUCUCAUUCGAGAUCACCCAGACAUCGCUGAACAUGCUCUCACUAUUCUAGUCAACCUGACGGCGGACCGUAGUGUCCUUGAGUUUGUGGCGACGGAUGACCGGUUCCUUGGGUUUCUUCUCACUAAUUUAGUGGACCCAGAAGAACAAAACGCCAAUCUCCUUGCCAUGUUGCUAGCAAACUUAGCCAAAUGGGACGACCUCAAAAGCAUUGCUACCCGCAAACAAGAUGCCCCUGCCGCCCUCAAAUCCAACGAUCUUGUCCUCAACCAAAUACUCGAUCUCUUCGUCAAAGGAGCCGACGGCACCUACAACAAAAAGGCCGAUUUCGACUAUCUCUCCUACGUUAUUGCCGACCUCUCCAAACACCCCGAAAUCAGAAAAUUCUUCCUCACGGAGCAAGACUACGACCACGUGGUCCCCAUCAACAAGAUCAAGGUCUUCACAGAGCACAAAUCCGACAUUCGGCGAAAGGGCGUGGCGAGCACCAUCAAAAACGUGGCGUUUGACGUGCCAGCACACACUUCCUUCCUAGACGAGGACCAAAUCAACAUUCUACCGUACCUCCUGCUCCCCAUCAUAGGGGGCGAAGAAUACGACGACGAAGACACGAUGGGGAUGCUGCCGGACCUGCAGCUCUUGCCUCCUGACAAACAGCGGGAUUCGGACCCCAACAUUAUCCAGACGCACGUUGAGACGCUGACUCUCCUGACCACUACCCGGGAAGGGCGAGACCUGAUGCGGAAGAUCAAUGUGUAUCCGGUUGUGCGGGAAACGCAUCUCCGGGUAAACGAUGAAGGUGUCCAGGAAGCGUGCGAGAGACUGGUGCAGGUUUUGAUGCGGGAUGAAGCGGAGGAGCCAGGGGCGGUGGUGGAGGAGGUGGAGGACGAUGAGGAGACCAAGAUAGUCCCGGUUUAA